CAGUAACUCUUUCAGAAAAUAUGGAGUGGAUUUUAGUUCACUCCACCUCCCCACCAAAAUAUGUUUCAGGCACCCCAAGACCACAUCAGGAAAAGUCCCUUUCCAGCUCGGAGACCGUUGCCAAGGCAGAACAGGACACCCCCCCAGUCCUCCCGUUCUUUCCCAUCCGAGAGCCUGGAGAACAGCAAGAUUCAGACAUGCUGACAAUUCUCAUCUUCAUUUUCGCUAUAAAUUUGGAUCUUCGGACAGUGUUAGGGCAAAACAGAGAUGAUGAAAUCGUUAAUCAGAUAAAGGGGACCAAUCAAGCUCUCGCUGAAAUCAAAGAGAUAUUAAAACAGCAGAUUAAAGAGAUUGUUUUCCUGAAGAACACGGUGAUGGAGUGCGAGGCAUGUGGUAUGAGAGGAGUGGUGGACCCACCACACCCCUCCUGUUACCCGAACCCCUGUCACCCGGGGGUGAAGUGCAUCGAGACCGCCGGAGGAAUCAAGUGUGGGGCCUGUCCCGAAGGCACCGUGGGCAACGGGACUCACUGCGCAGAUGUGGAUGAAUGCAUCAUGAAGCCCUGUCACAUUGGUGUCCGCUGCAUCAACACGGCCCCUGGGUUCCGCUGUGGCCCCUGUCCUGCUGGCUACACGGGCCCUCUGGUGCAGGGAGUCGGCCUCUCUUAUGCCACUGCUAACAAGCAGGUCUGCGCGGAUGUCAACGAGUGUGUAGGAGCCGCGAACGGAGGCUGUGUGGCCAAUUCCCUCUGCAUAAACACUCCGGGCUCUUUCCGCUGCGGCCCCUGUCAGCCGGGAUUCGCGGGGGAUCAGAGGCGCGGCUGCAAGGCCGACCGGGCCUGUGGGAGCGGCCUUGCCAAGCCCUGCCACGCCAACGCCGAAUGCAUCGUGCACCGCGACGGCACCGCAGAAUGCAUCUGUGGAGUGGGAUGGGCCGGCAACGGAUACUUCUGCGGCCGCGACGUCGACAUCGACGGCUUUCCCGACGAGAAGCUGGACUGCGGAGAGAGGAACUGCAUGAAGGAUAACUGCCUGACGGUGCCCAACUCCGGCCAGGAGGACGCGGACAACGACGGGAUCGGAGACGCCUGUGACGACGAUGCUGACGGGGAUGGGAUCCUGAACACAGAGGACAACUGUGUCCUGGUGCCCAAUGUGAACCAGCGGAACGUGGACCAGGACGACUUCGGCGACGCCUGUGACAACUGCCGUCUGAAGGCCAACAACGACCAGAAGGACACGGACGGCGACAGCAAGGGGGACGCGUGUGACGAUGACAUCGACGGCGAUGGAAUACAAAACAACAUGGAUAACUGCAUGAAGGUUCCCAACGCGGACCAAAGGGAUCGGGACGGAGACAACGUGGGAGACGCGUGCGACAGCUGUCCGUACGUCCGCAACCCGGACCAGAUGGAUGUGGACAACGACUUAAUUGGAGAUCCGUGUGACACCAACAAAGACAGCGACGGCGACGGGCACCAGGACUCCCGGGAUAACUGCCCGGCCGUCAUCAACAGCUCCCAGCUGGACACGGACCGGGACGGCCUGGGAGACGAGUGCGACGAGGACGACGACAACGACGGCAUUCCCGACCUGAUCCCGCCGGGGCCCGACAACUGCCGGCUCAUCCCCAACCCGCUCCAGGAAGACUCCGACGGAGAUGGCAUCGGGAACGUGUGUGAGCGCGACUUUGACAACGACACCAUCAUCGACACGAUCGACGUGUGCCCGGAGAACGCCGAGGUCACCCUGACGGACUUCCGGGCCUACCAGACCGUCGUGCUGGACCCCGAGGGAGACGCCCAGAUAGACCCCAACUGGGUGGUGCUGAAUCAGGGGAGAGAGAUUGUCCAAACCAUGAACAGUGAUCCUGGACUUGCUGUUGGUUACACGGCGUUCAACGGGGUGGAUUUCGAGGGCACGUUCCACGUGAACACGCUGACGGACGACGACUACGCGGGCUUCAUCUUCGGCUACCAGGACAGCUCCAGCUUCUACGUGGUGAUGUGGAAGCAGGUGGAGCAAAUCUACUGGCAGGCCAACCCCUUCCGGGCGGUGGCCGAGCCAGGGAUCCAGCUUAAGGCGGUGAAAUCUGACACCGGGCCCGGGGAGAAUCUACGCAACUCCCUGUGGCACACAGGCGACACCAGAGACCAGGUCAAGCUGCUGUGGAAAGACUCCAGAAACGUGGGCUGGAAGGACAAGACCUCGUACCGCUGGUUUCUCCAACACAGGCCCCAGGAGGGGUACAUCAGGGUGCGCUUCUACGAGGGCACGCAGAUGGUGGCGGACACGGGCAUCAUCAUCGACACCACCAUGAGGGGCGGCCGGCUGGGCGUGUUCUGCUUCUCCCAGGAGAACAUCAUCUGGGCCAACCUGCGGUACCGCUGCAACGACACGAUCCCGGAGGACUUCGACACAUUCAGAGUGCAGCAGGUCCAGCUGAGGCUCUAAAGUAGUGAGCACACAGGGGGAUAACACCAGCAGCUCCUUACCGAGCACAUGCCGUUUGAAACCCCAGCAGGCCAGACCUGCUGCAUCCCAGCCCCACAGUGAAGGGCGGCCAUGACAGUCCAGAGCCCCCCAAGGCCCAUCCUGCAGCAACAGUCCCCUCCUUCCCAUCACAGUUUUCAUUCCUCCAGAGAUUCUGAUCCUAUGAAUACUCCGUAAGGGUAACGGUAGACUCUCUGAAGAUACACCGCCUGCAUUUCUGUUGCCUGGACUCGUUCAUGCCGGUUCAAUUUCCUUCACAAUUUGGGAGCAUAUAAAAAUAAAAUAAAAUAAGGUACUUCUGUGGUCAUAAUGGAACUAUAUUGGUUAUGUAUAGAUCUCUAUGAAUAAAAUACCCAAUCAAUCAAUCAAGGCUAUUUUA